AAGAGGUUUAUAUCUUAUUGUGUUAUAGUUCCCUCACCUUUAUGUAAAUUUCAUUCUUUUUUCCUCUUGCAAGUCUGAAUAUGACAACUAAAGCCUUAAAAGUGUGUAUUUACCACUUAUACCACCAAAGUUCUACACACUACCUUUUUCUAAAAUGUAUCAGAGUUUCAUCUUGGUUACAAACCUUCGUUGACAUCCAACAAUCCUUCACAUACUCAUCCUAAUCCCCGCUUGUCCUUCCCAUAAGUGUUUCAAAGUGUUAGUGAUUCAUAUUCUAAGUUUUUAAAAUCGUGUUAGAGUUCGACACAGUUUCCUAACCAUAUCAAAAUCCGACCAUUCUCAUCAUACUCUAGAAGUUUUCUAAAGUUUAAUCUUGGGCUUGAAGUUUUCCAAAGUCUUAGUUUUAAAUGACUUGUCAAAAUCCAACGCCCCAACUCAAAUUGUUUCUUUGUUAUAUUUAUCUUGUAGUCGUCAGUCCUACUUUUAAAAUAAACGGUGAACUCCGAUGCAGUUUCCUAACUGUGUUAGAACUUGAUGAUUCAAGUCAUUCUCAAUGUAAAAGUGAAGAAAGCAUAGGUAAGAAGCAAAAGUUAAAGCAAAAGUGGAUCAUGGAGAGGUUAGGAAUGUCUAUUGGGCUCCGACACUCCAUCUUGAACUAAAGAGGGACCAAUAGAAAGGAGGAGGAACGCCAUAUAAAGCAGGAGUUAUAAGUAGGUUUAAAACGUUUAGCAGAGUCCGAUGAUUAUUCUUAAUUAAAGGAAGAGAUAGUGAUAAAGCAAAAGAGAAAAACUUUCAUUCAGCGUAACCAAUAUGAAGUUUUAAAACCUGUGUUGGAUCUCGUUGAAUCAAGCUAAUCAAUUUGAAAAGACGAAGUGAAACAACUCCCGACAGUGCUAAACAUUAAUUACGAGGAGCCAAAAUUAGUGAGCAUUGAAUACAUUGCUAAGUAAAUACUAUUAAUUCAUGUUCUCUACUUUUAAAUCUUCAUUCGAAGAAGCAAUUGGGCAUUGAAGAGAGAUAAGCAAGAAUACAAGAGUUGCUUACGAAGCUAGCAUCGUCGCCAUUGUUGCAGAAGAGGUAGGUGCCCCAAACCACCAACAACUAACUUUCGUCAUAAGGCUAGGGUUCUUAAGGGUGGGAAUUGAAGAAUUAUUUGGAUCAAUUUUUAAAAAAAAUUGUAAACAUGAAAUUCAAAUAUUUUGUGUAUGAACAUCUUAAUGGAUGGGAAAGUUCGUUGCUUGAAAUUGACGAUACAAAAUUAGGAUAUAUAGUGUCGUGACCAUUUCACACAUCGCUCCAUCACGAAUAGAAACCGCUCUGAUUUGCUUUUGUUUUAGUUUUAUGUUAGAUUGCUUGGUGUGUUCCUUUUGAAUAAAUGAGUGUAUGGCGAAGCUUAUGCUUGCAUUUUGAGAGGCAACAAUUCACCUUUUGAUUGCUUAAUCGAAAUGAGGAGAAAAUUCAGCUAAGACAAAAGAUUGCAAGCAUCCUUGAGCUAAGGAUAUCGCCCCCUUAAGAAAUUUAAGCAUCCCUUAGCUAAGGAUAUCGCCCCUUUAAGAAUAUUUCAUUGUUGAACUAAGGAUAUCGCUCCCUUAAGCAUUUCAAGCCUUCCUGAGCUAAGGAUAUUUCAUCCUUGAGCUAAAGGAUACCGCCCCCUUAAGGAAUUUAAGCAUCCCUGAGCGAAGGAUUCGCCCCCUUAAGGAUUUGCAUCCUCCUUGGGCAACGAUAAAGUGCGACAUAGAGAUUUGAGGACCCCCCUUUAGGAAAGGCAAGAUGUGUUCAAGGCAUUAUCUUCCCUUAUGCAACUCAAGUGUGAUUUGAUCAAUGCGAUGGAUAUGUUUUGAAGCGCCCCUUUGAUCGGACCCUCUCCACGAUGCAAAGACUUUUUUUAAUUUUAUUUUUAAUUUCAAGAUACAAAUUUGGCCAUACGAGUUUUAAUUGCAAAGCAUUUAAUGUUGGAUGCAAGCGGCUCUAUGAUAGGGUGCGAUCCUUCUCUAAACAUCUAUAUAGAUUGUUUGAUCAAACGAUAGAACGAUAUUGCUUGUGUAUACUUCGACUUCAAUCAGGUCUGCGAAGGCGAAUUCAUAGAUAGCGAUCUCUAUCCAAGCAAGAACAAGGUCUGUGAAAGGGUGAUUCUGAUUUAGAAUACAGCGAACUCUUUCCUUGACUAAAUGCGACUUUGAUUGGGAUUACGGCAAGGUCAUUAAGGGAGCAAAGUUGAUAAUGAUAUACAAAGAAUUGGUCCUCUGUUCACAGCGAAAUCUACACCAGGUACAGCGAUCCAAGUUUGACAUUGCUGGUCAUAACGAAUUCCCACAGUGAGAAGCGAAUCUGAUUUGGAUACAGCGAAUUGAUUGUUUUCUACAACGAUUUUGUCUCCAAGCAUAGCGAUCUUAAUUCUGAAUAUUGCCAAAAUAAUUGUUGCAAACCUCAAUGAAUUCACUUUUGAAUGAAUGUGAUUUUCGCUUAGACUGAGGCGAAGGCAUUUAGGGUAAGAGCGAGAAAUGAAAGUCACCCAAAAUUGUCUGGACUCGGCGAGUUCAGGGGGCUCGGACUCGACUGAGUCUCGGAGACUCGCCUUGACUUGGACUCCCCUCGCCUUGACUUGAACUCCCCCAAACUUGCCAAGUCUAAUGUCACGAGGCUAGAUUUACCCGUGCGGAGCCGACGAUAUUUUAGGUACUUGUCUUUGAGAUCCAAGCACUUCCAAGAACUCGGAUUAUGCCUGUAAGCACUCCCAAGCUCUAGAACCUGCACACGCACACUUGCACAGCAUGUACAAACUUGCACAACGAAAUCCUUACACAAUGAACACAAUGUUGGGGUGAUAAGAUGGCUUUAUCGAUCUGAAGAAAUGGCCCUUGGCCUGGUCUACAAACAAUUCCAACUAUGUCGCUGGUCACUACCCCGAGUACUUCUCAAGCACCCGAUUGCAAGUUCCCGCCCUUGGAUCUGCGUCCACUCUUGAAACACCGGUACAGAUACCACUGCACCUCGCCCCUGGCUGUAGCUUCUCAUGUAGACUCCAAAUCCACAAAGACCCUGUCUCCUUCGGAACUCAACCUGGCGCACCACUGACUCUCUCGUGAGCCUGUGACGACUUACCCAGUACACGACCCAGGCCCCCUCCCUGAACGGGGACUCCAAGUCUCACUGCGUCUUUGCUGUUGCUUCUACUUCACCUUUGCUCUGCGAUUGCUCUAAACACCUUUGCUCGCUGGAAUGCUGUUUUGUUCCUCCUCGGAUUUCUCCACCAUGAACCUUCGCCUGGGAAAGUAAAGCACAUUGUAGAAACGUUCUCUCAUGAACGGCGGGGUACUCUGCUUCCCCCUAUAUAAGUUUUUCAUCUUGUUCUCACACAACUGUAGCUUGGCAUUAACCAUCUGUCAAUCAUCACAACUUCCACCUGCUGAGAAUCAGAAGCGACUUAUCACCCCAGAAGCCUACUAAUCUCCCCGAGACAGCAGCCCCUUACAUCUAGUGAGCCCCGACUCCCAGACUUUCCAGCAGCAAUGACAUUUUAAGUAAAAAAAAACAAAAAAACUUACAAUAUGUUUUCAAUUGAUUUUUUUGGUUUAUAUUAUGCUUUUAUCCCAAAAGUGAAGUUCAUUUCAUUCAUUUGGCAAAAUAGGAGGAGAAAGGUGAGUUGUGAGGAGAAACAAGGGUUCAUUGAAGGAAAAACAGCAAGGAGGAAGCUCAAGAUUUCGUCCAUAAAUCACAUUGGGGCUGCAUUAUACUUUCAUUUGGUGCAUCAAGAAUUGGAAAGGAAGAGUUUGCAUCUCAUUUCAAGCUUGUUCUAAGAGCGCAUUUGGUUGCGAGUGCAAUUGGAGUAUUAUGAGCACAUACAAUCCAAAAGGCAUAAUAGAUUAUCUGUGGAGAAGUUGAAUGAUCUUGUCUUUGUUCACUACAACCUCUGGCUCAAACAGAAACGAAGUGCACACAAUGACGUCUCCCCUAUCAUUCUAGAGGAGGUUGAUCCUGAAGCUGAGUGGACCACUGAGGCUACAAAACUUGUCUUUAGUGAUGACGACAUUGAUUGGGUUGACAAUGCAGAUAGAGAGGCCAAGGCUGUAGCCAUGGCAGAGGAGCAAAGAGCACGAGCAGAGACAACAGAGCCAGAGUCACACAGAUAUUCAUAUACUUGAUGUUGGUGAGGGUCGCAUGGUGUCACAGGCAGAGGCUAAGGCUGUCAAAUCAUCCAGGACCUACCUUAGACAUCUUCGUAGGAGGGAUGCGGGCUCCUUUGAGCCAUAGGCUUGUAGUUAUUUUUACUUUUGAUAUUUGUAUGGAACAUUUGAUCAUAUUAUGACAUGUAUUUUUUAUUCCAUGAGUUUUGUAAUAUUGUAUGCAUUUGACAAUAUUUAUAUAUAUCUAUGUUUGUUAUUUCCUUCAGCUACAAUUUGCAUUUAUGCUUAUGUGAUUGAUGUAUACAUGUGUAUGUAAUCAAAUUAGCUUCUAUUUGAUAAUGUUAUUGUGUCUUUAAGGUGUAUUUAAUAAAGGGUGCAUGAAACAAGUUUUAAAUCUUUAAAAAUCUCUAAACUUCUUGAAUUUUUCACUUUGUCGAGUCCAAUCAAGUCCGAGUUCCGAGUGGAGUCAGCCUCGCUGAGUUUGAGCAGAGUCCGAGUUCCAUUUCUAUGAUCAAACCUGAUCAUUAUCUACUGCAAGCAAACUUCUUGAAUCAACAAAUUGUGGAAAAAGGAUCAUUGAAUUCGCAUCAGUAUCUAGUGAUUGAUCAAGGAUAUAUUCAUUUAAUCAAAGAUAAUUUUGUCAAAAAGAGGAAUCGGAUUAAUAUAACUAGUCUGUUUUGAAACAUUUGCUGGUCGGAAAUAAGGCCGAUUUCAUCAUUUUUACACAAAAUCAAACCUCAUUCCAUAACUGAUCCAACUUCUUAUUCAUUGUCUUCAUGAGGCUUUUAUUUGGGAUGCUUUAAUUUAACACAUUUUUUUAUCAUCUUAGAGUAUUUGCAAGGCGCAAAUUAUUUGCAUAAAUGGUUAUAAUCAAUUAGGAAUCAGAUUUGCAAGCUAGGGUUUUGAUCUAAACAUGUAGGGUUUAAGGUGAUAUUGAAAGAUUUUGAUGAAAUUAUUAGUCUAGGAUAGAGAUUCCUAGCCUAGGUGAUUGAUUUCUACUUGCAAGCAUAGAUAUCAUAUCACAUGACUAACUUGAGCAACUCUCACAAGUAGGACAUGGUAGGAGUACGAUUGACCCUCAUCAAGGGGGACUCAAGAGGCGAUAUGAUGGAGUCCAAGAUUACAUCAUUUUGGGCCAAUGUAGGAGACAUCAACCUUGGACAAAUCAACAUGAAGAAGUUUCAAGGGCCACUAUACACCACCAAGCCUUCUGAAUACUCCAAGAUGAUGAUCGAGAGUGGCAUGGUGAAAGCGAUAGGUUUCCCUAUAGUAGUGUAGUGUGACAAAUUGAUUGUUGAGUGUGCCAAACACUAUGAUGCAAGGAAGAGGAUGAUAGUGACACUUGAUGGCAGAGAGCUCGCCUACCUUUCUAAGGAAGCUAUUAGGGAGGCCUUCUAUAAGAGCAAGGAAGCAACACAGGUGGUCUAUGAUGAUGAUCCUGACAAAUGCCUGGGCAUAAUUAACAAAUAUUGGUUACUAAAGAGAAAACCUAGCCUAUUCCAAGAUGCUUAAUAAGUUCCAUAGAAUUGACUUCAAGUAGCAAUUUAAGGAUUUGAUCACACUACUUAACUGGGUUAUGGGAAGUCCUUAUGCUUUUCAAUUUGAGAAUUGAAUGUUCUACUUUAUAGAGAUCAUAUCGACUAGAAAGAAAAAGAUCAACUGGGCAAGGAUCAUUAGUAUAGGAGCUGAGGAAAAAUCAACUCUACAGCUCCCAAAGAUCACCUGUAUGCAAAUUUGUCACAGAAGGAGAGAAGCAAAAAAACUAUGGAGACUAGAAUUCAGAGAUCCAGAAAAGAGGAGUCAUAUUGAUUGUGCAACAAGAAUGCAAUUCAAUAAUUACAGUUAUGAAAAAUACAAAGAGAGAAUCCUUAUAAAAGGAUACUUGAAACCCUAAAGGAGAAAACCCUAACGAAUUAUAAAAUUCCUAAGUUUAGCUUAAGCGUAGAGUAUAAUAGACUAAUAAUUAAAUAAAUAAUUACUAGCUAAUAAAAGAUAACUCUAACACCCCCCCUUAAGAUGAACUUAGGGAGUAGCUAAAAAACAACUAAGAACUAAAAAAACAUGUAAAAAAUGCAGGAAAGCAACAAUGGGUCCAGACAACUAGCCCUGAUGAGGUACCCAAGUACAAUUAAAUCUCUGUAAAGUGGAGAAAAAGGAGAAAACCCUGUGGGAACAAAACUCCUCUCCAAGAAGAGAUGAAAGCUCAAGUGAAGGACUAAGAAGCCUCCAAACAAGAGUGUUCCAGAAGAUAGGAACAAAAAGAAGAGAACGAAGAACACCACUGAAGCAUGAAAUAGCUACAAACACUAUCGAAGAGUAACUGCUGAUCUGAAGAACCUGUACUGAAAUAGAACAUGAUCAGGUAGAGAAGACUGUAAUUUACAUGAGUGCCUUCAAAUGACACUACUCGAAUCAGAUGGAAAACAAAGGCAAACAAUUGAACUCGAAGAUACAGAUGACAUGAAAUACCAAAGCCUGAAGAGCUGAUCAAUCGAACCAAGGAAGCAUUAGAACAACAGGACAAACCUUCCCAUAAUGCUGAAAAGGGAGAGGGACAAGUACACUGAAAAGAACGGCCAACAAGAACUGCAUAACGAAGAACCAUGAACAUCGAAGGUGUAGAGAAAGUACAUAGUGUCGUGGAAGGAACACUCACUUGACACACAUCAUGAGGCUAAUGUCGUGGAAGGAACACUUACGUGACAAAGGUAGAUGGCAAACAAAGACAAACAUCAACCCCCCCAUGGCACUUUAUAAGUCGUACAUGUACAAUAAGGCACAAGAUGUGCAAGAUCCCAAGUAUACAUUGCAUGGUAGCACUUUAUCUCAAUGCGUUUGCAUAAAUAAAAUACUACAAUGAUUAGAAGAGACAAAAUACUGAAAACAGAAAGAACAACCAAAGACGAGACAUCCUACUCAAAGAAAGAGAUCACAGGAGCUGAAACAUCCAAGAUAUUCUCCAGAGUACUGAAAAGAAAAAAAUUGAAUAAAAUAUAUAUGGAGCAGAAUUUGGAAAGAAAAAUCAUAUGAAUGGAAAGAACACGUAACAAGCUUUCCAAGGAUAUAAGUUAUGUCUCCUAGAGUGCAAAAAGUAACCUCUGGCUUUGAUAGAAAAAAAUGCCAUCAAAAAAGCAAAAUCAAAAGUUCAAACCUCCAGAUCUGGAUAGAGCUCAAAAAGAGCUUUCCGAUGAUACAAGGUUUUUGAAAAAGCGCCUCCGUAUGACCAAGUUACGGCCAAAAGAAAAAAUUCCCUCUUGUAGGGCAUAAAGAGGGUAAAGCAAAAAAAAUUAUUUAUUUAUUUAUUUUGACGAAAAUUUUCUGACGCAUUUGCAAGUACAUUCGUACGGAUUUUUCGUGUCUCAAAAAACGUGCAAUAAAAAAUCAUGUCCUAGAUGCCCCUGUCAUCGAAAAUAGGCAAAUUAUAUAUCAAAAUUCAUGGAAUCGGCCUUUUCAAUCCAACUGUGAGCUCCUUUUGACACCAAAAUGUACCAAAAAAAUCAGCUACCCCCAGAAAUGGAAAAAACAACUGCACAAACCCUCGAAUACACAGAUUUGAAGAGCAAGGCCCAAAAUCUCUCAUGAAGAGAACAAGGGCAUGUAGAUUUGGAACUCUGAUACCAUAUAGGAGUUGAGGAAAAAUCAACUCUACAAGUCCCAAAGAUCACUUGCAUACAAACGUGUCACAGAAGGAGAGAAGCAAAAAAACUAUGGAGGCUAGAAUUCAGAGAUCCAGAAAAGAGGAGUCAUAUUGAUUGUGCAACAAGAAUGCAAUUCAAUAAUUACAGUUGUUAUGAAAAAUACAAAGAGAGAAUCGUUAUAAAAUGAUACUUGAAACCCUAAAAGAGAAAACCCUAAAGAAUUAUAAGAUUCCUAAGUUUAGCUUAAGCCUAGAGUAUAAUAGACUAAUAAUUAAAUAGAUAAUUAUUAGCUAAUAAAAGAUAACUUUAACAAUUAGCAACAACAUUGAUAUACAACUCAAGAGACUCAUGCAAACUAGGACCUUCUAGAUGAGUGCAUACAUUAUAUAUUGACUUGCCAGAGCUCAUGAGUAUGCAGGAUUAACCUAUAGAGGUCUAGUCGGUAAAAGAAUUGGAGAAUUGAGAGCGUGUGAAUCAUACAUACAAUUACAUUAUCUUGGCGAGACACAUUACAAAAGAGUGAAUGAUGCCUUCACUAUGUACAUAGCGAGGACAUUGCAAGGUGACAUUCAUCAAAGACUAUCCCCACAGGCAAAGAGCUAGUAGAGACCCAUCAAAAUGGGGACCCCCUCUCCUUUUUUUUGGUCCUGCUUUCUCUUAGCUUAGUUUUCUCUGCUUGCUAGGUGUUUUGAGUGAGUUAGUGGUCGCCUAGGCUGGGUAAGUUAGGGUUUCCUUCACAGAGCUUUCCUAGGGUUCUUUUCAAACCCAAAUUUGACUUGGGCUUGGGAAAACCAUUUGUUUUGUGCCUAGAGCCCUGAUGUAAUUUUAGAGGGAUUUUGCCUUUGAAGGAUGAAAAAUGUAUAUUUUGCAAAGAAGUUGAAAAGUUUGAGUCAGGAUGGGUCAAGGUUGUAAGUUUUAGGGCCAGAGUCUUUGUCUUGUGUCAAGUCAGAGUCAAUUGAAUGAAGCCAGUGAUCAAAGUAUAGGCUCGAAAGGCGAAUGCUAGCAUAAGCAAGUUUGGAGAGAUAUGAUUAUAAGGAGUUGGCUUAGAAAUUCAAAGAAAAGGUUAAGGAUGUUAGCUAAAACUUGGAUUUUUCUCCUGACUCUUCCAAAGGGUCCAGAGCGAAAUUUCCCAAGGACCUAAGAUUUCACCUAAGUCAUUGAAUGGUUGGAUUGAUUGUCAAGGAUAUGGAAGGAAAUGCAUCAAGGGUUGAAUCUAGGGCGAAGUCAAGUCAAAUUCAAGGUGAAUUGAGCCUAGAGGAGAAAUUUCGCUCCUGACCCUUCCAAAGGGUCCAGAGCGAAUUUCUCAAUAGGGCAUUCUACCCUGCCGAGAACUAAGAACUAACUCAUUCCCAGGCAUUAUUAAAGGCAAAAAACUUGUUUGGAUAAGGAAAUGUGGGAGAUGAAGUUAAGAUUUGAGCCUAAGUGUGAAUUUCGCUCCUGACCCUUCCAAAGGGUCCAGAGCGAAAUUCUUGUAUGACCUUAUUUCCUCACUAAACCUUGAAGUAAACGCCAGUUUGAGAGCAAAUUGACUUGAUCAUGAUAGAAAAGGGUUUGAGAAGUUAGAUCCAAGGCAAAAACGGGAGGAAAGAAGUGAGAAAUGAGCUCAAGUAUGAAUUUCGCUCCUGACCCUUCCAAAGGGUCCAGGGCGAAAUUCCCAUAACCUUUAUGUUGCUCUUUGUUAUGACCAAGUUUUUUGACUUCUAAGGCAUGGUUGGGAAGAUUUUUAUGUGUACUUGCCCUUGAAAGGUAGUUUGAGGCAAUGAAGUGGUGAAAAUCAACCUAAAACAAGAAUUUCGCUCCUGACCCUUCCAAAGGGUCCAAAGCGAAAGGCUCAACUUGACCCUCUAUUUUGCCUAAUGCAUCAAAAUGACCUUGUUUUGAGCUAAGUGGAUGGUAAAUUGACUUGAUUAUGGUGAAGAGAGACAGGUUUGAAGAAGUGUGAAGUGGGGGUGGACUGGCAUGUUUUUGCCUUCUGAAGUGAUUGAAAGUGAAGGAGAUGAAGUAUUUUAUCUAAAAUCUUGAAUUUCGCUCCUGACACUUCCAAAGGGUCCAGAGCGAAAUUCCUCAAGAGCACCUUUUUUCCCUUUGUGUGAGGUCAAACCUUGUUUCUUAUGGCGUGGUUGAGGGUGGAUUUGUGUAUAUUUGCCUUGCAUUGUAGAUUGGAGUUAAAGAAAAGAAGGAUCAAGCCUAAAACUUGAAUUUCACUCCUGACCCUUCCAAAGGGUCCAUAGCAAAAUUCUUAAAACCUCCUUUUUUCUCCCAAUUUUGUGUUGAGCCAAGCAUUGACCAAGGAGAAUGGAGCUUGAAGAUUUCCCUAGGCAUGUAUUUGAAUGGGUUGUGAUUCUAAAAAGUGAAUAUUUUGAGCUAAAAUUUGAAUUUCGUUCCUGACCCUUCCAAAGGAUCUAGAGCGAAAUUCUAAAUAGGUCCCGUCCUUGACCAUGGUUUGGAGCAAAUUUCUCCUUUCAGGCUUUCCUGGGGGUCAAACAAUUAUUGCCUUCAUGAUAGAGGGAUCCAAAGGUGAGGAUCAAGGGGAAAUGAAGUAAAAAGGAUACAACUAAGUGAGGGAAAACAAGCAAAGUAUGAAUUUCGCUCCUGACCCUUCCAAAGGGUCCAGAGCGAAAUUCUCAAAAUCCUCUAAUAUGCUCAUGUUUCAGAUCAAGAGAUGGAUUCCUAGGCAUUGGUGGAGAGAAGACUAGUAUAUACUUGCCUUAAGAAGCAAUUUGGAGUAAGGAAAUGAUGGAAUUUAGACCUAAUCAUGAAAAUCACUCCUGACCCUUCCAAAGGGUCCAGAGCGAAAUCCUUCAAAUUCUCUUUUUUCACCUUGUUUGAGCUACGAAAAAGGCUAGUUGUAAGAUCAUGAUGGCAAGAGCAUUGAAAGGUUAAAGAUCAAGAUUGUGAAAUGAUGGAAAGGUGGAGUAAAUAGAGUAAAAUGGCAAAAAGAUCGCUCCUGACCCUUCCAGAGGGUCCAAAGCAAAAUUUCUUGAAGAGCGGUGUUUUGCUAGUUGAUGUGUCCAAUCAAGCCUCCUUGAGGGUGGUCUAAGCCUUUCCACAUCAUGCACAUUCUUAUGAUCAUGAAGACUAAGUAUGCUUUCAUCAAAUAUUGACAAAACUUCAACAUCUCCUAGGUUCGCCUAUGUCUCUUCAAGGGGUUCACAAGCGGAUUUCUUCAAAACACAUUACUCCUCUCUUAAAUCGCUCAUCAAACCUCAUUUUGAAUAAAUAAUACAAAUUCGCCUUGAUUAACACUUGUCAAAUUGGCUAAUUCGGCCUAUGAGCCUUAAAAUUCAAAAAAUUCACCCUUUGGUGCCCAAGUAUAUAUUUUUUUAAGCUUUAAUGAUGAGUCGGCCAGCUUGGGAAAGGAAUUUUUUGUUUUGUUUUGUUUGUCUAAGCAAGGUUGGCCUUUUGGGAAAAAGGGUGAAAGCGCCCUAUAAAGGAAGGUGGAUUUCAGAAUCAUUAAUCAUUCAUUCUUCCUAAAGCGAAUUUAAGGAGCAGACUUGAAGAGCAAAUUCCAGCAGGUAUAGGCGAAUUUCUGGACUUAGGAAGGCAGGUCAAGACAGAUUUAACCUUUCAAAACUCAGACCUGAUCCUCUCAAGGGCAAUUUAGAAAAUCAGCAGGGGCGAACCUGAGGUUGAGAUCUGAAGUUUUAAGCAGAAUAAAUUCUUUAAAUGUCACUUGGAAAGAAGGCGAAUCCAGCAGCAAUCUCCCCUUUUACCUAUCUUUUCAAGUUGAUAGCUAGAAAUCAAGAUUAAGGUAUGUGCAAUCUGAUUUUUUGAAGGUGUAUUGAAGAUCUGAUUCAAUUUUGUAUAUCAAUCUUUUGGGUUAAGUCUUCAAUAAUCUAGUUUGAUUCAUAGAUUAUCUUCAAUUUGAAAAUUCAUAAUUUUAAAGGAUUAUCAUUUUAUUUUCAAAUUAAAGAUCAAUUAUUUCUUUAAAAUCUCAAAUCACCUAUCUAGGUUACUAUAACUAAACCUAACUUAAGCCUUUUGUAGGUAACAAAUGGCGGCUCCCAAAGCAAGUGGAUCCUCUACCCAACAGGGUCUCAUUAAAGGAGAUCAAAAGAAUGACGACUUGGAGACAAGGAUCAUAUCGAAAUGGAGCAAUAUUGGAGACACCAACGUAGGAAACCUCAAUGUGAAGAAGUUUCGAGAAGCACCCUACAUUGGCAAGCCAUCGCUCGUAGCCAAGAAGAUAAUUGAGAGUGGGAUCAUCAAGGCCGCAGGCUUCCCUUUCGCAGUCAGAUGUCAUGAGCUGAUGAUCGAAUGCGCUAGGCACUAUGAUUCAAAUUCAAGGGCAAUUGUAGCCAAAGCUGGAACUAUCCUCGCCCAUCUCUCAGAAGGAGCUAUAAGCGAAGUUUUUCAUCUUCCAGAACAGAGGGAUAUGAUCUACAAAAGCCUAGAAGGAGCCAAGUCUAUCUACAAAGAUGAUCCUGAUACAUGUAUAAACUUUAUCAAUAAGAAUUGGUUACUCAAGAGUAGGUCUCGUCUAAAUAAGAUACCCAAUAUGCCUCACAGAAUUGAUUUCCAAGAGGAAUUCGAGGACUUGAUAACCAUGCUCAAUCAAAUUGUAGGUGCUUCCCAAGCCUUCUUUUUCGACAGAUGGAUGUUCCUCUUUAUACAAGUGAUCGUUCAAGGGAAAGGAAUGUUCAACUGGGCCAGGAUUAUUAGCAACAACCUAGAUGUGCAGUUGAAGAGGCUAGUCCCUACUAAGUCAUUCCACAUGAGUUCAUAUGUUAUAUAUUCUUUAGCCAGAUGCUUUGAAUAUGCAGGACUACCACACAGAGGAGUUGUUGGGAGAGGACCCAGAGAGAUAAUAGUAUGUGAUUCUUAUGCUCAAUUGCAUCAUCCACCUAAGAGUUACUACAAGCUAGUCAACGAUACUUUCACAAUGCAUGUCACCAGGACAUUACAAGGAGGGAUGCACCAUCGCUAUCUCUAGAAGCACAAGAAUUCGUGAUGAAACAUAGAGCAUGGUUCAUUCAAUUUCCUAAAUUCACUUACAUCAGAAUACAUGGAUGUCCUUCACCUCCUUAUAUGUUGCCAAAGUAUCGUACAGAUAGAAUAGUACUACUUGAGGUGACUAGACAGUCGGCAGCUUGUGCUAAGGCAUCAAGACAUAAGCAUGGGAAUGGUAUCCCUGUACCUAUUUCACUUGGAAAUUCAAUUGAAGUAUGUCCUAAUUAUCAAGCAGCUGAAGAUGUAGAAAAGGAACUAUCUCUCUACUCAUUCGCGUCUUUUGCCUCGAGCGAGCAUUUUGAUCCUAAUGGUCAUAUGGAAGAAGCAGUUGGGAAGAAGUACAAGCAUGUAUUUCAAGUAGAGGACUUCUGGAUGAAUAAUCAGGAUGAUGUAGAGGUUAAAAGAAAGAUGCACUCUCGAUUUCCCUUGGAUCUUAUUAGGAAAUGCAAAGUUUAUAGAGUAGCAGAUCAAGCACAAGACAAUGGCAGAUAUCUUCAAUCUUCCUAUAAAAAAGAAGACAAAGAAGUGAAGAUAGAUUGGGAUGAGCAAUAAGUAGCAGACUUAAGAGCAUUGAUGGAUCCAGUAUUGAGUUGUACUCGCAAAUGGGUGGAUGUCCAGCAUCAAAAGUUGAAGGAACAGAACAUAGCUAUGACAUUCAGCUUAGAAACAAGAACGAAAGAAGGAGAGGCUAGUGCAAGUGAGAACACUUCUCAUUCUAAGAGAUCAAAGAGAAAGGAGGGACUUGAAAAGAGAGAAUCGUCCAAGAAGAGACAAAAGGUGAAUCUUGAUCAUCCCUCGAGUUCUUCUUCUAGACAUGAAAAGGAGAUAAGUCAAGGAGAGGAUCAAAGAGAGGUGGUGUAUGAGAUAAAUGAGUCUGGAAUCCACAGUACAAAUUGACAAACAAGACAAAAGAGAGACACUUCAACACUCAUCAAGUUAGUCUCUCCUCUCCAAGUUGGUGCUAAUGAGCAACAAGAAGAAAAGAAUGAUGAUAAAUCAACAUCUCCUUUUAGAGCCGAGAGACCUUUGCUUGAGGAAAUACAAGUAAGGGAGAAAAACUCUUCCAUUCCAGAUUGGCUUCGAGAAAGACUUACAAAGGUAAUUGUGGUUGAAGAUGAAGAGCAAGUAUUUGAUUUGGAAAGUCUUCUAGGAAACUCUCAAGAGGAGAUCGAAAGGAAGAAGGCUACAAAGAUGUCAAAGGUAAUUAGAGAUGAUGCAAGGUCCAAAAAGAUACAGAUAGCUACACCAACAGUUGACAAGUAUGAUGAUGAGAUUAUGCCAGAGGAAUAUGAUUUAGAGACAUUUGACUUUGGUCCACUUACCUCCGAGCAAGUCGUGGAUGAUGCGACUGAUUCAGUAAGGGCUGUUAAUGAUAAACUAAAGGAAGAAAUAGAAAAUAAUAAAAGGUUUGAAAUGGAGAUUAACGCUUGGAGAAAUUAUUUUAACCACCUUAACCAGCCGUUAAGGCGACAGGAUCUAGUAGUCUCACCCUUGCAGGCAUUCCCUCUUGAGUCAAUAAAUCAGGCAGAAAAUAUGAAGAACUUGGCCCAACUCAUGAAUACAUGGAUUGAUGGAUCUUACAAGGUAGCCAAGGAAUUUGUAGCAAGAAUGAUGAAGACAGUCCACAAAGCUAUCCAAGUCCUUGAGAUCAUUCAUAAUCUAGCGGUGACUGUUGAUGCAUUCACUCGCACUAGAGACAUUGUCAUCCCACUAUUGCAAGUGGUAAGGACAUCAAGACAGGUUUUAACACAAGAGAGAAUAAUUGAUGGAGGAACCCAUAAUCUUCUACAAUGGUCAACUUUGCUCCAAAUGAAGGAAGUUCUAUUCAAGAACAUCAAUGGUAGAUGCAGCCGAGUUGAAGACACUAUCCAUCCUAUUAAGGAUAAAGUGUUUGAUGUAUUAUGUGCAAUCCUUGAUAGAAGGAUAGAGAUUGAAACAGAUGUGGACGUCCAAGAAUUGGAGGACAGGAUCAAGGUCAUCUUUUGUAGAGAGGAAGGCAAUCACAGAAAAGCAAUGAGAUGAGAUGUAUACUACUAUGUUCUUGAUUGAGAAGACAAAAGAGUUGGAACAUGGAUGGGAGAUGACUCUCCUUUCGGCCUUUGAUGAGGUCCUUAACUUGGAAGAGCGAAUGAAGAACCUGCCUGAGAUUCCCAUUGCAGAGAUUGAAGGGAUUAUGUCCAGAUUCAUUGAAUAUGCCAGAAAGGAACAUGGGAAAGGGAACAAAAUUCUAGAUGAGAAGUUGUUAUGAAAUGAUGUGGCAAUUCAAUUCCUAUUGGACGAUGUUUCUUCGUUAUUUGUGCCAAUUUUUUAUUGGCUAUGUUAUGAUAAUGCUUAUUUGAUUAGGGUUAUUUUUGUGGCAAACCCUAAUUAGGGUUUAGGUGUCAAAAUCUCAGCCCUUGAUCUUCUUUAAAUCUGGGCCAUUCAUUAUAUUUGAGAAGGCUAGAUAAGCUCUCACUCAUUUCAUUUUGUAGGUUAGAGUUAAGAGGAAUAAGUUUAUUAGCAGCAGAGAAGAAUAGUUAUACAAAUUUGGUGAAGAGAGAAAGUUGAACAAUUGUUGUUUUAUUUUGCUAUGAGAUCAAUGAAAUAUUGAAGUUAUGGUGUGUUAUUGCAAUCUUUGUGACUUCUUACAUGGUUGUUCAUCUUCUUGAAUCACUCCUAUUGAAGAUAGUAUUUAGAUGUUAGAGUUAUAUUGAGUGAUAAAUGUUGUGGUUGGUCUUUAGUGAAGCUCAUAGUCCAAACCACUAGCCUCUUACUGAUUGUAAGUAUGCCUUGUGUGGUCAAUUGGAGAUAUUGAAAUUAUUUAGAGUUCAAUCAUUAUUUGAAUACCGAUAUGUAUCCAAUUGAUAGUAUCUAUGUUCAUUAAUGAUUUGAAAAUCAUUGAAUUCCCUUAGAAGAUCGCCUCAAUUUCUAUAAAGUUGUUGUUCUAUGGCAAGACUGAAAUUGGUAGAGUUUCACUAAGAUCGCCCUCCAUUUAGUCAUUCUUAGGCACAAUGUAGCAUAGCCCUCUCGAAUCCCCUACCGUUUUUUGAAACAUCGGUUAGUAUUAGGAAAAUCCAGUUCCUCAUUGAUAAAGUAGUCGCAAGAACCAGCUUUUAUAUAAAGUACGUAAGGCCCCUUGAUGAAACAGCAAACACUACGAACACUAGUGCUUAUCCACAAGUAGAGAACCUACAUAUUAGAACCUUGGAGUUGCUCCGAUUGAUCCUUCGGCGAAAUCUUCAGCAUUCGAGGGAGCUUUAUUCAAGAGAGGAUAAGGUACCUUUGGGUAUUUUAUUUUGUGUUUGAUCGUGUACAAAAGACACGUCAACAAGGUCCUAACAGAUUUAAAGAAAUAAGAAGAUAUUGCAAAUACAUUUUGUAUAAAAUAUCAUCAAUAGCCUUGACAAAGAAUUUAGUUAUCCAUGGAAAAAGUAAGCACAUUUAAAGAACAGAUAUCAUUACAUAAGAGAGCUUGUAGGACAUGGAGAAAUCAUAGUUCAAAUAUUUGUAGGUUUUAAUAGCCGCUUGUUACAUUUUUACUAGGUCACUCACAAAAGAUAGUUUUGAGCACUUGAGAGAAUGGGCAUCAUGAAUACAACAAUAGCAUCUGUGGAACUCCCACAAUCCAUGUUAGAAGAUAUAUGAGUUGGCCAUCUCGUUUGUAGUACAGAUGAGUGCCGUUUGCAUGGAGUGCAAGGCAGUUUCAUAUAUUCUAAGUCAUCUGUAGAUCCCAAAACAGAUUGCUAAGUAUCAUGAAAAAUAAAGAAUCCUUUCCCUUUAUUAUAUAUAAUUAAAUAAUUAAAUUUUGUGAGAGCCCCUAAAAUGUUGACUCUAAAAGUUGAGUUCCAAAAUUGUUGAGCUCCAGAAGAGCUUCUGAAUAGUCGAAUUCCGAAAGAACCCCGAGAAGUUGAACUCUAGAAAUAUCAAACUCCGAAAGAGCUUUUAAAUGGACAGUUUUAGAUCUAAAAAUACAGAAUAAGAUUGAAAUGGUUCAAAACUAAAAAGGAGCGUUUGGAAUUUAAUGUAAACCUGAGCUAGUUAUCAGAAUUAAUUAUGGAAUCCUAUUAGAAAUCCUUUUGGGAUCUGUUUAUCUUCUAUUUCCUUAACACCAGCUGCAUUUUUAAAUGCUAUGUAUUUACCCUCACAAAUUUAUUGCCGGUAGUUGAAUUUGAACUUUGAUGC